CACUUGUUGCCAUACCUACCCCUGGUUUGGUGGGGUAAAUAGGUGGAGUUUGUCCUACACCUGAAAUAAAAGCUGACCUACAGGUAGCCAAGAACUCAUUGAAGGAGUUUUCUUCCUUCUCUCUCCUUUUUGUUCUCACAAACUGUCCUAAAUAUAAUUAUGCCAAAGUUCAAUGUGCAUAAGCAAGGGCAAUAGAGGAGUGGGGACAUUGUGGAACUCUCCAGGAAGGGUAUUACAGCAGGUUCAUGUUGCAGAUUAUAACUACUGAGAACAAGUGAAGCCACACACCUGAGAAGGCAACAACACUAAAUGGUGACAAACUGCCAACCAAAGAGAACACACUUAAGACCAAGAUGACCACCAAGAAGGCAGAUUUCCAGCGGAGGAUUGUCUCCAAGGAUGGACACAACCAAGUGCGCAUUGACAAUGUGGAGGGCAUGGUAAAGCUCUAUCUCCACGACAUCUGGACCACGGUGGUGGACAUGAAGUGGCGCUACAAGCUCACACUGUUCUCCUCCACCUUCGUCAUGACCUGGUUCCUCUUCGGCGUAAUAUUCUACUUCAUCGGCAUGGGCAACGGUGACUUCAAGGGUGAGCUGCUGUCCAACCACACUCCGUGCAUCAUGAAUGUUGAGACCCUUACCGGCGCCUUCCUCUUCUCCCUGGAGUCGCAGACCACCAUUGGCUACGGUUUCCGCUACAUUACCGAUGAGUGUCCGCUGGCCAUCUUCGUCCUGGUGGUCCAGCUGGUCACCACGGGCCUGGCUGAGAUCUUCGUGACCGGGGCCUUCCUGGCCAAGCUGGCACGACCCAAGAAGCGGGCCGAGACUAUCAAGUUCAGCCAGUCGGCGGUGAUCUGCCGGCAUGAUGGCAAGCUAUGUCUGAUGGUGCGUGUGGCCAACAUGAGGAAAAGCCUGCUGAUCCAGUGCCAGCUGAUCGGCAAGCUGCUUUCGCCCAACGUGACCGAGGAGGGCGAGAAGACUCUGAUCCACCAGACAGCUGUGGACUUCUAUAUGGACUCAUGCGGGGAGUGCCCCUUCCUAAUCCUGCCCCUCACAUUCUAUCACGUGCUGGAUGAGAGUAGCCCGCUGGCAGGGCUGACCGCUGAGAGGUUGCGGACGCGCGACUUUGAGCUGCUGGUCACCCUCAACGCCACCAUGGAGUCCACGGCAGCCACGUGUCAGAGCCGCACAUCGUUCGUUCCCCAGGAGAUCCUGUGGGGCUACGAGUUCAAGCCCGUGCUCUUCAGCACCCCCAGUGGCCGGUACGUGGCCGACUUUAACUUCUUUGACAAGGUGCAGUUAAGCAGCGACCCGACACUCCUCAGCAACAACACAGAGAAGCUGAAACUGGAGGAGGUGUACAAGAAGGAAUAAGGGAGGACACUCAAACAUGUUGGACACACUGGUAAUAAGCAUGAUCCACUUUAAUGGUUGUUUUACCAUAGUUACUGUCUAGAAACAAUUUGGAAAUACACCCAGCUAGCAAAUUUGGUUCCUUGGAAGUUGUGGGAACGUAUGUUUUUGGUUUCACAUUGGUUGUGGGAACGAAGCCAUAUGUUUCCAUAAGUUGAAAAUUUUGCCUGUUUUGGGAACAUUUAUUUUUAGGUUGCAGGAAGGUCCUGAGAACGUUUUACUCUGGUUCCUUUAAAGUUUUUCUGGGAGGUUUUAUUAAACCUAAAAUUACAGGUUAUUUGGAGGUUUUUGAAUAACUUCCUUAAAAUGGUCACUGAAUGUUUCAAUAAGCCUUUUAAUAACACUGCUAGCUUAUUUUGGGUUAAUGAACUCCAAGCUUUUCCUUAAUCAAUAAUCAUGCAAACACAUUUAUUUUUUAGUGUGACACAGCAUCAGUGGGAUUUGAACCUUUGAUCUUCUCCAUCCAUGGAAUUAGUCCACUGCGCCAUCAGGAAGGAGCAAACAUGGCAUAUUUUUUACACAUACAAAGCUGUUAAUUUUAGUAUGCUCGUACAGACCUCAUUUCAAAGGAAACGAGAAGUCAUUAAGAUUAGGUGUGCAGCCAACACACCUGAACACACUUAACAAGAUACAGGCUAGAGAGAGUUUUGUAGAUGCUGAGAACAGAAUGUAUAUGUUUUUAAAUAUCAAUCUUAGAACGUUCUCUAAACGUCACAAAAGUUUACUUGAGGAUUUGUGUAGAAUAUAUUCUUAACAUUCUCUGAACAUUUUGAGAACAUGACUUUAAAUAUAACCAUGAGGAAGCCUGUAGGAAACAUUAUGCUGAAGUACUGAAAUUCCCACAGAAUACAUUUUUUUCUUAAUAUUCUUGGAACAAUUCGAGAAUGUGACUUUGAACAUGACCAUGUGCACCCACACAUUGACUCUGUACCGGUACCCUCUGUAUAUAGUCUCGCUAUUGUUAUUUUACUGCUGCUCUUUAAUUACUUGUUCCUUUUAUUUCUUAUUGUUAUUCAUAUUUUUUAAACUGUAUUGUUGGUUAGGGGCUUGUAAGUAAGCAUUUCACUUUAAGGUCUACACCUGUUGUAUUCGGCGCAUCUGACUAAUACAAUUUGAUUUGAUUUGAGGAACUGUUAUGCUGAAGUACUGAAAUUCCCACAGAAGAAUGUUGUUUCUUAACAUUCUCUGAACUAUUUGAGAACAUUCCCAAUGUCAAACCAGUUGGAGAACGUUUCUAGAACAUUACCACUAUUAAAAUGAAAUGUUGUAACUUUUAGGAAACGUUCUGUUAAAGUAAUGAAAUACCAUGAAAAUAAGUUCCUUAAAUGUGCUGAGAAUGUUCCAAAGAAACUAUCUUGCAUCAAUCCCAGAAAGUUGUGGGAAGGUUGUUUCUAAAAUAACCAUAGGACAACCACGCUCUCAACAAGCUCUAAUAACCAUAUGGUUCUCAGAACGUUAUGUGCUAGCUGGGCAUAGUACGGAAAUAUAUAUGUUUGUUUAACUCAUAAACCUAAUGAGUGAAUGCUGACAAAUUUAGGCAAAAAAAAUGAUGUUCCUGAUCAGUGUGCAUCUGGUUAAUGUGCUGUGUACAGUAUAUUUGGCAUAUUGUUUGUAUUUACAAGCUUUAUAAUAGGAGUAUAUGGACAUGCAUUCAGAAUAAGGACUGUGUCUCAGGUGCUGGUGUUUGUUUUAAUUCAAUUUGUGGCAGUAACUGUUGCUGUAUUAGAAAAAAUUAUGGAGGAUUCCAGGAAAACAGAUUCAAGAUGUUGUUUAUUUUUAUCACUCAAGUUGUAUAUUUUAAUGAAUUAUACAUAUUUCACUCAAAAGGUAGAUGGGGAUGUAACAAAACUAGUUUGAGAUAAUGGCUGUGUAAUGCUUAAAAGCUGUGUUCCAUCUUUAUCUCUGAAUAAACCAUUGGCUUUCAAGAAUAUAUGAUCCAUAUACCAUAA